CCCUCUUCUCAAGGCCCUAAAAGCUAAGACGUCCUCACGCUCUGGUCCAAAUGCCACUGAGAUAAGGAAGACAACUGAUGAUUCCAUAUCUAAGGUCCUAGACUGGUUUAACAGAAGUUCUCACACAGAUGACAAUAAGUCAUUUUUCCAACAUCCCAGAAGAAUAGAGCCCAAAGAAAAAACAGACUCAAAAUCACAGAUUGCUAUUGCCUUGGUGACAGAUGACAUCAGUCUAAAAGAAAAUGGCUCAAAGGCUCCAUUAUCCACUGAAGUUGAAUUGACACCUAUGGGAUCUGAUUUAAUGUUCCAGGUAGAGGGAAAUAUGCUGCCUUCUGGAAACUGCCAAGAUAGUAAUGUGAAUAUCAAACCCAAAUCUAUUAAUUUGUCCAAACAAGGCAAGGAAGGUCCAGGCAUAUGGCAGCCAUUUGAAAUCUGCGGUCCAAAUCAAGGGAGUAAAGCUCUGGACUAUAGCCAAGGUUCAAAAAACAUAGGAGAAGGAAAUGGGGUACUUCCCCCAAACUAUUCGUACAGUGCUCUCAAGGGAUCUGAAUUUGUAGAACACCAAGUCCCAUGCAAUGUUCAGGAUGCUGGCAGCGUGGGUGAAGAAAAGGCCAAGCCUCGUGCUUAUGAAAAAAAUAGAGGAAACUCAGAAGUGAAUUUUGAUUCUUCAACCAUUAUCAAAGAACCAAGUUUGAAAGACAACGUGAAGGCAAAGAGAGAGAGCAAGGGGAGGGAUAUUUACGUCCCAAAAGCUUCCUUAGAGUCAAAGAAUAUUGAGUCACCACCUGGGGCUGCCAACGACAAAUCUCCUUGGAAGAAGCCCGAGGUCCAGCUCCAAGAAGCUGAUGAGGUUCCCAAGAACCAAGUGCAAAGAGAGAAAUACAAAAGAGUGAGUGAAAGAAUAUCCUUUUGGGAAGGUGAGAAAGCUGCUGCUAAGUUAACUCAUCAAGAACACCCAUCUUCAUGCAGUCAGGAACAACCCUCUGCUAAAGCAUAUCAGCCUGUGAAGUCCAUGGACAGUUUAUCUAUGGGCCAGAAUGAAUAUAAUCAAGUCACUGCCAAACAAGUGGUCCUAGAUGAGGAUGGCCAAGCAGCCCAUCUCUCCAGUUUUUAUUCCUCGAAUAAACCUAAAGAGACCAGGCCCCAAAUAUCAGGUCCAUUCAAAAAUUAUCUUUCAGCUGACCAAUCAAGUAAAGCAUCUCUAUUUCACAAUAAGAAAAAUGAACCUAUAAAAACAUUGCCAGUGGCAGACAGCUUGCGUUCUGGAAGGGACAUUACCUUACCGGCACUGCAACAUCCUUCAAAUGUUGGGAGUGAAAUACAUACUUCUUUGGAGGAAGACAGAUCCCCAAUUGGUGAAUCAAAUCUCAACUUUAAAGUUAUGUCCCUAAAAGAAAGAAUGGAUGAACCCACCACAGAACAGGUUUAUAAUCACUCUCAAUUUGAGAAUUUGAGACAGUUUUGGGAUUUAGGAGCCAAUAUGAACAGUCAGGAUAAUGUUGAGAAGAAGAAUACCACAACAAGCCAAAAAAAUUCUGUGCCUUUUAAUAGCCAGAAACACAAAGAAUUCAGUGACAUUAAAUCACCAGGGAAAAAUACCCAUGAAAUAGAGAGACUUCUAAGCCAAAAGAAAGUUCCCACAAGAGAGGAACUAGAGAAAUUGAAUUCAAAGUGCACACUCCAGGUGUUACCAGAUGAAACCACAUUUUCAUUGAGACCACCCAGAAAGUCCACUCAUCAACUGCCAGGAAAUGAGUCAUCAAAGGAAAACGUGGAAAAGAAUACGGAAUGGUUUGUUACUCCAGUGUUCAAGGAAGAAAAGCAUUACUCAGACCAAGAGAUUCAAGAAUCCAUAGUGAAAACAACUGUUUUAUCUAAAGACUAUAAAGACACUCUUAAUGACAGCUUACAGAAGCUGCUUUCAGAAGCUUCAUCACCAGCAAUCCAACCUUCUGGUGGAAAAGUUCAUGGAAAACAAGUGCUUGAACCAAGUGUCUCUGAAAAUAGGACAUGGCCUCAAAAGACAGAUUUUGCCAAUACUGAGGAAGAAGCCAAAGGACCUAAGGAGAUCAUUAAUGAGCAUGUAGACAAAACAGUAGCUCCUCCAAAGGUCAAACCAAACACUUUGACUGCUAGUCUAGACAAACUAUUGAAGGAAGCAACUGGAACUUCAGCCUCUCCCUUGCAAACCAAGUUGGAAUCUGUUACCACUAGGUUCAAUUCUGAGCCUGAAGGGAAAAGAGUUUUUGAAAAAGGGAUAGAACAGAGUUACAACACACCAGCCUUUCAGAGAGAGGAAGAAACUUUGGGAAAUACACCUCUCCCCCAGAACGCUGAAGGUGGUGAGUGUCCGCUAAACAUGGAGAACUUGGUUCAGAUGACUGCAGGUUUUCACCCAUUGGAUCAACCAUCCCAUCUUCACAGAAAGGGUUCUUCUGGGGAUGUGACCAACACUCCCCAAGAUAUGCCUUCUUCCUGGGAUGCUCAUCUUGCUCCCCAGCAUAAGUCACUACCUUUUCACAGGGGAAUUUCAGAGACUGUAGAAAAAGUCAUUCUUCCACCCAAACAUGCAUUGAAUGAUAUAGACACUGUAUUACAGAAUCUACAUAGAGAAGCUUGGUUUAGUUAUCCAGUUGGGAGGGAAGUAGUUCCUGGAGAAGUAAAAGCAGAAUUUCCUGAAGGAGUACAGGCAGCAGGUAGCCCUAAAAAUUCUCUGGGAGUUAUCCCACCAUGGGCUCCAAUGGACACCAUAGUUCCAAACAGAAAGGAUUUUUAUUCCUUCAACAUAGUUCCUGAUGAAAUUCAUGAAGAUGGAUCAUAUUUAGCUGCCCAAAUGUCUCCAUCAGAACAAACCCUUAGCUCAUCCAGUUCUAGUGUUGCUCAGUAUGGCAAAGAGUUACCUCAGGAAGUGGUAGAAAUUGUGAGGGAAACAAUUAUUCACCCUAAAUCAGAGCUCCUUGAAUUCAGUGCUGGCUUAGAAAAACUACUGAAGGAAACAAUUGAAACCCCUUCCUCAAAACAUGAAAGUGAUACAGGGACUCUUUCUCCAUCCAAGGUAAUAGGUAGUACUGAGGUGCCCAGGCAGGAUGCUUCUGAAUUCCAUCCUGAGGAAAUAAAAGAAACAGUAAAAAAGUCUGAAGCUCUGUCAAUAACUGAGAGUGCUUUUGAUAUUGGUUUUGAGAAACUCCUUAAAGAAACAUCUGAAACUCCUUCUUAUCAGUUCCAGGUGUCAGUGAAGGAGGAAAUUCCUGAGAAGGAGCCUUCACAGUCAGAGUGGGCCAGGUUCUUGGAGACAGUGCCCCAUUUUUACUGGGCAGCCUCAGAGGCCUCUGAAAUGAAGCUUAAGAGUAAUGUUUUCAAAUCGCAAGUCAACCAGUGUGAUCAAGUGAUGAGAGGAGGCGAAGUUGUGACUGAUUUGUCAGCAGAUCUCUGUGAUUCUGAAAGUGGGGUUGAGAUUACUGGAACCCCACAACUUUAUGUGGACCAUGAAAUAGAGACUGUUGAAACUAUAAAACCCCCAGAGGACAGGCAUAGUGAAAGUAAGGUUGCAAGGGUUGGAGAAGGGGCUUUUCAGGAGCCUGGCUUCGAAGAGUCUCCUGAAGCAAUUAGUGUGCCCAGAAAUAGGCAACCCACUCCUCUCCUGACGAACAAAGAAAACCCUACAAAAACAAGUAGAGUUGAAUUGAUUCUGGCAUCACCAUAUAAGAGACAAGAGAAAGAGGAAGAAAAAGAAGGUUUCUCUGACUCCGAUUUUUCAGAUGGAAACAUUGGUUCUAAUGCAGAAAGCUGGAGAAAUACCUCCAGUUCAGAAGAAGAACCCAGUCCUGUUUUGAAAACUUUGGAAAGGAGUCCUGCUAGAAAAAUGCCUUCCAAAAGUCUAGAAGACAUUUCAUCAGAUUCAUCAAAUCAAGCAAAAGUAGAUACUCAGCCAGAAGAAUUAGUACGUAGUGCUGAAGAUGAUCAAAAAGCAGAUCAGGAACCAGAUACAAAUGAAUGCAUACCAGGAAUUUCCACAGUGCCUUCACAACCUGAUAAUCAGUUUUCCCACCCCGACAAACUCAAAAGGAUGAGCAAGUCUGUUCCAGCAUUUCUCCAAGAUGAGAGUGAUGACAGAGAAACAGAUACAGCAUCAGAAAGCAGUUACCAGCUCAGCAGACACAAGAAGAGCCCGAGCUCUUUAACCAAUCUUAGCAGCUCCUCUGGCAUGACGUCCUUGUCUUCUGUGAGUGGCAGUGUGAUGAGUGUUUAUAGUGGAGACUUUGGCAAUCUGGAAGUGAAAGGAAAUAUUCAGUUUGCUAUCGACUAUGUGGACUCACUGAAGGAGUUGCAUAUCUUUGUGGCCCAGUGUAAAGACUUAGCAGCAGCAGAUAUUAAAAAACAGCGUUCCGACCCGUAUGUAAAGACUUAUCUGUUACCAGACAAGGGCAAAAUGGGCAAGAAGAAAACACUUGUAGUGAAGAAAACUUUGAAUCCUGUGUAUAACGAGAUACUGCGGUAUAAAAUUGAAAAGCAAAUCUUAAAGACCCAGAAGCUGAACUUGUCUGUUUGGCAUCGGGAUACGUUUAAGCGCAACAGCUUUCUAGGGGAAGUGGAACUUGAUUUGGAAACUUGGGACUGGGACAACAAACAGAAUAAACAAUUGAAGUGGUACCCUCUGAAGCGGAAGACAGCACCAGUUGCCCUUGAAGCAGAAAACAGGGGUGAAAUGAAGUUAGCUCUCCAGUACGUCCCAGAGCCAAUUCCUGGUAAAAAGCUUCCUACAAGUGGAGAAGUGCACAUCUGGGUGAAGGAAUGCCUUGGUCUACCACUCCUAAGAGGCAACCAUCUAAAUUCUUUUGUUAAAUGUACCAUCCUUCCAGAUACAAGUAGGAAAAGUCGCCAGAAGACGAGAGCUGUAGGGAAAACCACCAACCCUGUCUUCAACCACACCAUGGUGUACGAUGGGUUCAGGCCUGAAGAUCUGAUGGAAGCCUGUGUAGAGCUUACUGUCUGGGACCAUUACAAAUUAACCAACCAGUAUUUGGGAGGUCUUCGGAUUGGCUUUGGAACAGGUAAAAGCUAUGGUACUGAAGUGGAUUGGAUGGACUCUACUUCAGAGGAAGUUGCUCUCUGGGAAAAGAUGGUAAAUUCCCCUAACACUUGGAUUGAAGCAACUCUGCCUCUCAGAAUGCUGUUGAUCGCCAAGAUUUCCAAAUGAACCCAAAGUCUCCUCCACUGAAGACUACUAAACAGGUGGAAUCUGAUCUUGAAAAUGUGACUAUGUGGACAGAGAUCAUCACCUAUCUACUGCCACUAAUGAAUGCUACACAGCAUGUUAAAGUCAACCUGCAUGUGCUUCUUUGGCUACAAGGCCCAAGAGAUUUAAAUAAUAACAAAAUGUGUAACUGAUUUGUGACUCCAACAUUAAAGAAGAUAUUUGAGAAAGCUAGGAAAAUCGAACUCUUGCUACUGCUUUGAAGAAAAAGCUGCCAAAAAUAUUAAAUGUGGGAUGUGGGUUAAUGAGCAAAAUUUUCUAGCCUGCCAUUGUGUGUUUCAGAGCACAACCCUGAGCUACAGUGAGGAGGGCCUGCCACUUGAUCAUUGAAAGCUCUUGAAGGAACUGAAAAUAAAUAGGUUGUGAAAAAGAGUGACAGAAAGAUACUCCUACAAAGGGGAAAAAGGCAGACUAUCAGUGAUGAUAAAGAAUUUGACCAUAAGAAAACUAUUUACUUACUGCAAUCUCUAUUAAAAUAUGGAAUUCCAUGUUAGGGCAAUGAGACUGAAUUUACUGCAUGUACAUCUGCCUAGAGAAACUGCUUUCCCUUUUCCCAGUGUUAAAACAGUCUCAAAUGUACUUUGGUGCCACCCACUGGCCAUAGGUGGAAUUCACUUUUUGGCUUAAUUUUCUCCUAAGAUAGGUCUCAAGCUUGUAUUUUGUAAGAGAGUAUGUAAAAAAAACAAUAAAAACCUUGCAUAUAUAAGAUUCUAUUCUUCUUAUAACUCUACUAUAUGAAAGCAGCAUGAGAGUAGUCACAGAGAUGCUUUGCAAUAAAGUUUUAAUUAGAAUGUAAAUUGUUAAAUUACACUUCCUAUGUAUGUAUAAUUUUCAUAAAGUAUUUUAUAAAAAGCCAAAUUAUUAUAUGAUUUAAUCACGUCAAAUUAAUUUGACUUCUUAUUUUAAAUGAAAUACUUUAUGGUAGAAAUCCUAAAAUCUAAA